AUGCUCAACCAUCGACCAUCCGGUCACUCGAGAAUGGGUGUACACAUUGUGCUUCUUCUACUCCUGACUGUACAGAGCCUGUUCGUGACCAGUGUUCCUGCAGACUUGCAUACCCACUGCUACUUCCAUGACCGUGGCAUCACUGACAAGUCCCGUCGAGUCGACGAGAAGCCGCUCCUGCGCCUGAUGCCUCUUGGUGCUUCAAUCACCCAAGGAUGGGACAUCGGCACCGUCGAGAGCCUGCAAAACGGAUACUGCAAGCCUCUCCGCCAGGAACUGAGACAUCGCGGCUACGCAGUCAACAUGGUCGGUAGUCGUGCCCACGGCGACUUCUCUGAUCGCCAACACGAAGGAUGGUCCGGCUUGAAAAUUGACGAUGUGGCGCUCAAGAUGCUGCCUGUCAUGACAUCACAAAAGCCGAACCUCGUGCUCAUACUGCUCGGCUCCAACGAUUGUUUCCAGGGGCGGCGCGAGAACAAUAUGGACUAUGCGAGGACCAUGAAAGAUCGCAUGCGGACUUUGAUUGAGAGGGUAUACUCGACAAGUUCGGAUGUCACGAUCAUCCUUGCGACUAUUCCGCCGACAACAGAUGCUGGCAAUGAGCCGUACAUCCAGACGGCCAAUGCGGAAUACAAAGAGCUGGCAAGCGAGUUGCAGGGACGCGGUCGGAAGAUUGAGCUCGUGGAUAUGUAUACUACAUGGCUAAAACCCGAAGAUUACAGUGACUCGAUACACUUUAAGCCGCAGGGCUACGCCAAGUUGGCUGCUCUCUUCGUAGAUGGCUUCUCUCGAGCUGAGAAGAAAGGCUGGCUCACUGCGCCCAUCGACACAGGUAUUGGAGAUAGUGCUGGCAAGUUCGUAGAUGUCGGCGAAUGGGAUGGCGAUGGGCUCUGCGACAUCCUGACUGUCGACCGCGCUACAGGCAACGUCGACAUGUGGCGCAACACAUACAAGAAGGGCGACGCCUCACCUACAUUUGGCGCACCGGUCCGUGUGGUCGACCGCAAUCUCUGUCCCCAGACUAUCCCUCCCAGCAACCAAAAUGACCCUGCGGUCCGCUUUGGUGACUUGGAUGGUGACUUGCGAGUCGACGUAAGCUGGCUGAACCGCCCCUCAGGCCUCGAGACCCUCCCCUCCACCAACCGCGCGCAGAUAAAAAUCGCCGAAGGCUUCUCCUGCUCCGAGCACCGUUGGGCCGACGUCAAUGGCGACGGGCUCGUAGAUUUCCUCGCCGUCGAAGCCGAGUCCGGCAACGUGAUUUUGUGGAUCAAUUGCGGCAUGGUGCCAUCGCUGACAAGCGGUAUGCUGUGGGAGAAGCGCUUGGGUUUCUGGACGCCAGGCAAAGGGAAGGGCGCGAAUGUACAUUUUCCGAAGUUGAGUAGGAGUGGUAGGGCGGAUAUGCAUGUUGUGGAUGAGAAGACAGCGCAGGCGGAUACGUGGUUCAAUGAUGGAGAGUGUAGGGGGGCGAGGGAUGAUGGGGAGGUGAAGGAUCCGGGGCUGCCGAAGAUACCGGCGUGA